UAGAAUAAACUACACACUAGUUGUUGUCACAACGCUGUGUGGGUUGGAUGCCGUUUGUAGAGUCAAUGAAUAGCGUUGUUCAAAACUCCAGCUACAUACGCAUCUUGACCUAAUUUAUUUAAUAACAAGAGAAUUGUUCCUAUAAGUGAAAGUGUAAUUCAUAAUUCCUUAUUAAUUUUAAAUGUAAAAGCACACAAAAAUGUCCGCCUUCAACGUGGUGUUCGGUUGCGUAAUGGCACUUCUAAUAAUUUUGUUUACAAUUAGCUCUAUAGCUAGAUAUUAUAUAAAGUUUACACUCUUUAUUGUGCUUUCACUAAUAUUCGCAUCGGUUCCUUUGCCGCUAAUGUUCUUCAGACCCUUCAGUCCAAAAAAUGCUCUUAUACCAGCAUAUUUCUUGCGACUAACAGCUCGUUUCCUUGGGAUCCGCUGGACGGUUCAAGGACUUGAGAAUGUGGAUGAUUCUCGUGGCGCUGUAGUUUUAUUAAACCAUCAGAGUAGUUUGGAUUUGUAUGUAUUGGCAGUGCUAUGGCCGCUUAUGGAGCGGUGCACAGUGGUUGCCAAGCGUUCUCUCCAGUACUCCGUUCCCUUCGGCACAGCCACCUGGAUGUGGGGAACCGUCUUUAUAGAUCGCGGCGCACAAUCCGCCCGUUCUGUUCUCAACAAACAAACUGACGCCAUCAAAUGUCAUAAGCGGAAAUUAUUACUAUUUCCCGAGGGCACGCGGCACGGAGGUGACAAGCUUCUGCCCUUCAGGAAGGGAGCGUUCCACGUGGCUUUAAAUGCAGAGGCUCCGAUCCAACCAGUCGUUGUAUCAAAAUAUCAUUUCUUGGAUUCCGAUCGCCACCGAUUUGGAUCAGGUGAAAUUAUAAUAACGAUUCUGCCACUGAUAGAAACGAAGGGUCUGACCAAGGAUGACAUCGAUGCUUUGGUGGAGACAACCCAGGCUAAAAUGCAAGAGGAAUUUACAAACACGUCAGCCGAGACGUAUUCGAGGCUCUCUCUUAAGAGUAAUUGAAAGGUAGUUGUAAAAUUUAACGGGGCUGUGAUAAUGUUCGUGGUACUAAAAUAGAAAUAUUCGUUGUAAUCCAUGUACACAUUUAAUAUACAAAUAAAUUAUUAUUAUUAUAA